AUGGUCAAUAAUAUGGCUGCGUCGGGAAAUGAAUUAAAUGAACGAACUCGACAACUUGAAGAACGUAUCAUUGAUUCACGUUCACCGAUAUCCAUAGAUAGUCUUUUGGAUUCCAUUAUUGCACUAGUUUAUGAUUCCGAAGGUCUUAAAAAGACAAAAAAUUUCGAUACAUUCUAUUCAAAAUUUUCUACAUGUACACGAGAUAUUCGUGAUAAACGAGUCAAUUUUAAUGAUUUCGAACCGAUUAAAAUAAUUGGUCGUGGUGCUUUUGGCACUGUUGAUCUUGUACGACGAAAACCAUCGGGACAAGUUUAUGCUAUGAAAACAUUAAGUAAAUUUGAAAUGCUUAAACGCUCUGAUAGUGCCUUCUUUUGGGAAGAACGAAAUAUAAUGGCUUUUUCCAAUAGUGAUUGGAUUGUUAAACUUCAUUAUGCAUUUCAAGAUAGUAAAAAUUUAUAUAUGAUUAUGGAUUAUAUGCCCGGAGGUGAUUUAAUCACAUUACUUGAACGUUAUGAAAUAAAUGAAAGUUCGGCGCGUUUUUAUUGUGCUGAAGUGGUACUCGCUCUUGACGCUAUUCAUGCUAUGGGUUAUAUUCAUCGGGAUAUUAAACCAGAUAAUAUGUUACUUGAUGCUCGUGGACAUUUGAAAUUAGCUGAUUUUGGUACUUGUGUUAAAAUGGACAAAGAUGGUCUCGUUCGAUCUGAUACUGCAGUUGGUACACCGGAUUAUAUUAGUCCAGAAAUAUUAAAAUCGCAAAGUACAACGGGAGUUUAUGGUCGUGAAGUUGAUUGGUGGUCUGUGGGUGUUUUUCUCUAUGAAAUGCUAUUUGGCGAAACACCUUUUUAUGCUGAAUCAUUAGUUGGAACGUAUCAUAAAAUAAUGAAUCAUCAAGAUAAUUUAUUUUUCCCUGAAGAAAUUCCAUUAUCAAGCGAAGCACGUUCUCUAAUAUGUGCUUUUCUUAGUGAUCGAUCGAUACGUUUGGGUAAAAACGGUGUUCUAGAAAUAAAAGCUCAUCCAUUUUUUACUAAUCAUAAUGAAUGGACAUGGGAGACACUACGAAAAGCUACUGUACCCAUUGUUCCGCCGUUAACCAACGAUGAAGAUACAAGUAAUUUCAAUGAAAUUGACAAAAACGAUGCAUCCGCCGAAGAAUCAUUUUCUGUUAGUAAAACAUUCGUUGGAAAUCAACUUUCGUUUAUUGGAUUUUCUUAUUCUAAUGAACAACAAUUAUUUCUCGAACGGCGAGCAACGACCAAUUUUAAUAACUUUAGUAAUAGCGAACUCGAACAACGUAUACAAGAAAAUGAUCGAAUAAAAAAUGAAUUAGAAAUUCGUGUCCGACGUUUGUAUGAUGAUUUAAACGUAAAAUGUCAAGAAGAACAAUUGUUAAAUAGUAAAUUGUAUGAAAUCGAACGGAAAAAUGUUAUUCUUACUACCGAAAAUAAAGAAGCUCAACGAAAAUAUGAACUUGAAUUAGAAAAUCGUCGAACAUUCGAACGGAAUUUUGAAGAAACUCAACGUUCGCUUGAACAUGAAAAGCAAGCAAAAAUUCAAAUGGAAGCGAUGAAUCGUGAAUGGAUGGAGAAAAUCAAUGUUCUUGAACGACAAUCAAAUGAAGCCAACGAUAAACUGACGAUCGAAACAGAUUGUAACACUCGGCUGAAAAAACAAAAUCAAGAAAUACAAAAAGCUUGUGCCAAUGUCGAACGUACAUAUAAUGAAAUCCAUGAAAAAUAUCAAGAUUUACUUGCAAUCAAACUUAAACUUGAAAAAGAUUUUCUUAGCCAACAAUCGACCGUUGAACAAGAAAAAAUUGCAAAAUCAGUUGCACUGGAAAAAAUUCAAGAACUUGAAGAAAAAUGUAAUUCAAUGACAAUCGAACUUUCUAAAUACAAAGACAAAGACGCAUCACAAAUGAACGAACUUAGCGAAUUUCGUCAAUCAUGUGCGUUGUUAGAACGCGAAAAACUAAAUCUUCAAGUUGAAAUUGAUCAUCUACGUGCGAAACUUUCCGAAGAAGAAAUGGCCCAUAAAAAGAUCCAAGAGCAAUUACUCGUCGAUAAACUCAAACACGUUCGAACUGACGAAGAUCUCGAUCAUCAUCGUGAAGAAAUAAUCAAAGAUCUCGAGAAAAAAUUAGAUUCCGAGCGUUUAGCAACAAAAGCAGCUAAUGAUGAAUUAAUGCAAACUCAGAAAAAACUUCGUGCCAUCGAAGUCGAUCUGAAAGAUCUUACAACAACUUAUAAUCAAUUGAUUUAUGAUAAUGAAUUAACUAAACAAUCCAAUGGACAACUUAUUGAACAAAUCGAAAUUGAAAAUCAACGUCGGGCUCAAUUCGAUAGAGAUAUAAAACAAAUACAACAGGAAUUAAAUAAUACUUUGAAUAGAGAGAAACAAGUUCAUAGCGAAUUACAUCGAUUACAUCAAGAUAAUGAACGUUUAACAGAAGAUUUAAAUCAUAUUAAUGAUGAAUAUAAAAUAAUAAAAACAAAACUUGUUGACUAUGAAGAACAAUUAGAAGUUGAAAGCAAAUUCUCUGUACUUUAUCGUACGCAAAUGCUCGAAUUAAAAGAUGAAAUCAAUGAUUUAACUGAAAAAUUACGACAAGUUAAUAAUGAAAAACGAAAUGUUGAAGACGACAGGGAUAAUGUUGUCAAACAAAUGGAAAUAACAAAUAUUAAAUUAAAAACUGAAAGUUUAAAUUUAAAUCUACUGCAAGAACAAUGUGCUGAAUUAGAAAAAGAAAAGAACUGCAUGAAUGUCGAACUUGACGCCAUACGGAAGGAUUUCAACAGUCGAUUGAGUUUACUCGACUCAGAAAUUAAUACGUUUCAUGAUCGAUACGAAAAAGGCCAAUAUGAUCUCGAACAAACAAUAAAGGAUCGUGAUGCAACAACUAAUAAACUCCAUCAAGUUAUUGAACAAUUGCAUGAUUUGGAACAGCAAAUACCUGAACUACGUAAAAAAUUUGAUGAUGAACGUGCGAAAAAAGAAGCGGCUGUUAAUAAAUUACAAGAAAUUGUAACAAAUCCAAUGCAGCACAACCCGUUCUAUUCCCGACCGACAGGUGGUAGUAGCCGCCGACAGGAUCGUGAGCGUAAUGAGCGUAAUGUCGUACGACGUCUCGAACAAGCAUUAGCCGUGGAACGUAUGAAAUAUACAAAAUUACAAAAUGAAAAAGAUGAAGAAGUAUCGGUAUUAUUAGAAGAUAUCAACAAGUUAAAGCGUGAAUUAGACACACGACGAGAAGAUAUCGAAAAAUUAAAACAACAACUUGAAUCUCGUGCUUCAAAUGAUAAUAUAUCUUCAAUAGCAGAAGAAGUCGAUGAUGAUAAUCGAGGUGAUUUAGAAAGUUGGGUACAAACUCCGAAGAAAAGUAAUAUUCAAAAGAAUGGCUGGAAAAAACAACUCGCUGUGUUAAAAAAGAAUCGAUUAUUAUUAUACAAUUCAGAAAAAGAUCAACAACCUGCAGUUGCCAUUGAUAUCGAUAAACUUUACCAUGUUCGCGCUGUUAAUCAAGGCGAUGUACUUCAUGUUGACCCAAAUAUAAUUCCAAAAAUAUUCCAAAUUAUUUAUGAUAGUCAAGGUAAUUCAUUACCGAGUCUACUCUCAUCGUCGAUGAUUCAUUCACAAGAUCAAGAUCGUCAUAAUGGUGAAACUAUCGAAUAUAAAGGCCAUAAUUUCGUUGUUGUUUCAUAUCGUAUGCGGACCGAAUGCGAAGUAUGUAAUCAUCCGUGUUACAAUUUAAUUUCUCCUCCGCCAUGCCUUCAAUGUACACGAUGUCGUGUUCGUUGCCAUAAACAACACUAUGAUGAUAGCGAAUUUAUUCAGCCAUGUCGAGUCUUCGAUACACUCACUGUCAAAGAAUUGUUAGUUAUGUGUGGAAGCGAAAAAGAACAAAAAAAAUGGAUUUCAAAAUUGAGCACAAAAGUACCGCGUCCUCCAAAUUCUCAACUUGAUUCGACAAGAACCAGUACUGCAUCGUUUCAUUCUCCUAAUUCAAAUAUUAGCUCGUCUACUUCUAAUUUAUUCGGUAACAAUGCUGGUUUAACACCGAAACAGAAAUCCUCAACACUUCCAAAUCGUGCUAAAUAA